AUGUUUUCCUUAACCCAAGCCUUCCUUUCUAUUCUCUCGGCCGGAAUCAUCGGUCAGGUCCAGGCGGUUGAUCCGCUCGUCGACCUUGGCUACACUAAACUUCAGGGCGUCGCUGAGCCAAGCGGUGCGACUCGAUGGUUGGGCGUUCGAUUUGCGGCACCGCCGACUGGUCAACUGCGAUUCGCCGCGCCCGUCGACCCUCCCGCUACAACCGACGUUCAAGAUGCUUCUCAGUUUCGCCCGAUAUGUCUCGCUCGAAGCGCGUCAGAUUUCACCAUGAAGCCCAACAAGCGGUUCACCACCGAUGAGGACUGCUUGUACGUCAACAUCUUCGCGCCAUCCAAUGCGACUCCCGAUUCGAAGCUGCCGGUCAUGUACUUCAUCCAAGGUGGAGGUUUCCAGUCGCUCUCGAACGCCAACUUCAACGGCAGUGACCUAGCCAGGUUUGGAAACAUGCUGGUGGUCCAGGUCAACUACCGUGUUGGACCCUAUGGUUUCUUGCAGAGCAAGGAGGUUCAGACUGGCGCGAGCAUGAACAACGGGUUGAAGGACCAGAUCCAGGGUUUGAAAUGGCUCAAACAGCAUGCUGCUGCGUUCGGAGGAAACCCCGAUCAGAUGGUAGCUGUUGGAGACUCGGCCGGCGCAACCUCUGUCGCCAUGCUUCUCGCUGCGUUCGGUGACAACGACCCCGGCUUGAUCAAGGGCGCCAUCAUGGAAUCCGUCAGUGUGGCCACUGUUCGCACCCUCGAGCAGGGCCAAGAGCAGUACAACUGCCUGACUAAUGCUACCAGUUGCAACAAGCAACCCGAUUCUCUUGCUUGUCUCCGUGGUCUUGAUGCAAAGGCGUUGCAGACGGAGAACUGCCAGUUCAACCCCAACCUCGACGGCGAUCUCGUCAAAGCACCAACUUUGCAGCGCUUUGCCGAGGGCAAGUACCUCAAAGUCCCAACCAUCGCCGGAACAUGUACCGAUGAGGGAACCAAGAACGUCCCACAGAGCACCGACACCAUCGAGGAUGCUCUCAAGACGAUCAAUAACCAGGCGACGCAGUCAUUGAGCAAUGCAUCUCUGACAGUGCUUCAGCAGACGUACCUCGAUGUGCAACAGCCCGUCUUCCCCAAGUCCGGAAAGCUGUGGCGUCAACUUGCCACUGCACACGGUGACUUCAGAGCUCACUGCAUCACCAAGAUCUUCCAAGAUGCUCAGGCCCGCGACGGUGUGAAGACAUUCAACUACCGCUAUGGCCCGAUUGAUGAUGAGCAGGAGGCUCUGGGAUUCGGUGCAUACCACACCGUCGAGUUGAACGGCGUCUUCGGUCCUAACAACACCGACGGUGCCCCUCCGAAGAGCUACUCGACCACGAACGCGCCUAUCGUGCCAUUGACUCAGGCUUACUGGGCCAGCUUCGUCAAAACACUCGAUCCCAACGCCGCCAAGAUCCAGGCAGGCAUGCCGGAGUGGCAGGCGUGGACGGCCGACGGAAAGCAGAGACUGCUAUUCCAGAACAACACUGGUACUAUGGAGGGCAUGCCUACUGCCCAACAAGACAACUGCGCCAUGCUCGCACCCAUGAUCCCCUUCAUUGAGACCCCGGCGACGGAUGCCCAGAAGGCGACUGUGGAGCUGAAGAAGGUCAACUCACAGGCCGCACCUCCAGCCGCACCUCCCGCACCCCCGAAGGCUGCUUUCAUUACCGAUGUUGCUCGUAUGAUGGCUGCGGCCGAUAAUGAAGAGCACAAGAAGAACAACGGUACAGCGAAGGGCGGCAAGAAGGGCAAGGGCGAGGGUAAGGGCAAAGGUGAAGGAGGCGCAGCCAAGGGCAAUGGAACCGAACCCAGCGGAGGAAAAGGUGGUAAGGAAGGCAAAGGCAAAGGAAAGGGUGAAGGAGGUGCGGCGAAGGGCAACGGUACUGAGCCCAGCGGAGGAGGCAAGGGUGGUAAAGGAGGAAAAGGGAAGGGCGAAGGCGGUGCGGCCAGGGGCAACAGCACCGAGCCCCGAGGAGGAAAAGGAAAAGGAAAUGGUACUGCUGGUGGUGGCGGCAGGGGAGGAAACUCGACCGCGCCCCCAACAGUCGUCCCUCCUGGAAAGAGCUCUGCUACGGAGAACUUCCAUGGGCUCUCUUGGAUGUGGUCAUCCAUUGCCCUGGUGUGCCUGGGCCAGUUCCUUUUGGCUUGA